CAUUCCAUCAAUAUUACUACUCUUACAUUGAAGUCGCAUUUUUUUCUAGUUAUAUAGCUUUGAUUCGCUUCUUGUCGUGAGAACUUUCUAGAACUACAUUCUCACAUAUAAACUCCAAUGAAUAAAAAGAUGAACUCUUUAAUAAUCUAGCUUUCUUCUUCAAUUCGCAAAGCCAUGUCUCACAAUCGCAUCACCACCGAUUCUCCUCUCUCUCGUCGCAUAGUUCGUUCUUUCCUCCAUUUCCUCAACCAUGUUGAACCUAGCCCCGGGGUUGAUGCUGAAGGAAUUGAGGUUGCUAGGGAGUGUUUAGUAGAGGCUUUUAAGAUUAAUUCUUCUUCUGUAAGUGACGAACCUGAUUCGUUGAUUGAUAUAUUCAAGUCCUUUGAUGCAAACAAGCAAUGUGAAGUUAGUAGGGAAGAUUCUCUGAAAGCUUCAAGUUCACUCUCUGGUCAGAAUGCUGUUGAUGCUAAAACUCAUCCCCAGGCAUCGAUAUCCAUGGAUGAAGAUUUGGCCGAGGACCCUGACAUUUCCGUGUCUAAAGAUGAACUCUGUGGACAAUUCUUUGCUGCUCUGGAGAAAAAGCGCUAUUUCAGGACCAAUAGUGAUGGAGGUGAUGACAUAGUGCAAUUGGAGAAAGCAUCUCGCUUAUUUGAUGAUGGUUUUACGGAGAUGGAAAAAUCUGGGUAUCUGCAGUUUAAUAUGAAGAAUUUGGCUGAGUCACUAAAAGCACUAGGUAACAAGGAAAUGCAAUCCAAGCAAUACAAUGAUGCAGUUGAGUUGUAUAAUUGUGCAAUUGCGAUAAAUGAAAAGAAUGCUGUUUACUACUGCAACAGGGCAGCUGCUUAUACUCAAAUUAACAAAUAUACCGAGGCAAUUGAAGAUUGUCUUAAGUCUAUCGAGAUUGAUCCGUACUACAGUAAGGCAUACAGUCGUCUGGGAUUAGCUUAUUAUGCACAAGGAAAAUACAGAGAUGCUAUUGAUAAAGGGUUUCAAAAAGCCUUGCAAUUGGAUCCUAAUAAUGAGACUGUUAAGGAAAAUCUAAGGGUAGCUGCACAUAAGUUGAUGGAAGAGCAACAUCAUGCAGGUCACAAUCAGAAUUCGGGAUCGUCUCAAGAAUUCCAAAACCAUUCUGCAAGGGGUUCAACAAGCCAUGCAGCUCCACCUCCAUUUGCCUCAAUGCAAUUUAACCCCGGCAAUCUGGCUAGCAUGUUCAUGUCGGCCACAAAUGCGCAUCAGGGCUCACAUUCUCAGGAAAGUCAAGAAGAUGCCAAUAGUAGUGGAGCUAAUGAACCCGGAAUUCAAUUUGGGGGCAAUGUUAAUGUAAACCCUGAUCAAAUCUCUCAGGAUCUAAGAGGCGCCUUUCAAUCUGUGAUGGGGAUGUUCUCAGGGAAUGUGCCUCCUGGGCAACCACGUGAUCAAAUGAAUGGAAGUCAAGAAAAUGCCAAUAGUGGCGAAGCUAACGAACCAGAAAUUCAAUUUGGGGGACGUGUUGAUUUAAACUCUGAUCAACUCCCUCAGGAACUAAGAGUCUUUCAAAAUGUGAUGGAUAUGUUAUCAGGGAAUGUACCUCCUGGGCAACCACAUGAUCAAAUGAAUGAAAGAACAGCACCAAACUAAGCUAUUGAAGCAUUCUGAGGCUGUAAAGACUCUCACAGGUUACAGAGCUUUGAGUUACUAUCAUUUCACCGAGGCAACCAUACUUUUACAGGUUACAUAUCUUGUGGUUUGGAUGUGUAAUUUACUGAAGCACAUUAUUCUGACUUGAAUUUUAGACUAUUUUUACUUGCAAUUCUUUUUGUAUAUGUUGUGAUGCAAAUAUUCUUGCGGAUCUCAUCGGAUAGAUUACAAGUUGAAGGAACAGGUUGGCUGUUAGCGCGUGGAAGGUGUAAUGCCUCGGUUUUACCGGUGAAUAUUCACCCAGAAUUUGUUAUUGCAGGGAGAAUGUAUGUUUGCGCGCUUAGCGCUAAACGUCAAAACAGACUGCAUUUGACAAUCAGAACUUGUGAAUCUGUGAUUAACUUCUGAUUUUGGCAUUCAAUCAUAUGGUUUAAGUUCUAACUUA